AUGAGUAGAAGAGGACAUGUUGUUGAAGAUGAAUCUUUGUGCAAAGAAUCUAAAGAGGAUUUGCUGAGUGAUGAAAAUGGAGAUGGUGGUACUUACCAAGAUGAAGAGGAUGAAGAUUCCAAUUUAGAUCAUGAGACUGCAUUUGAUGAUGAUGGCAAUGGAAAUCUAUCCCCUAUACUGGAGGAGGAAGACAAAGGCAUUGAAAAGCAAGAUGAGGAUGAUACUACUUCUUUGGAAGAACCUAAGUUGGAUGCAACUAGAGUUGACAAGCAAUGUAAUGUGCAACCACCUAUAGAUUCAUCCACCCAUGUUGAAGCUCAAGUUGAUGAUAGUGAAGAUCUUGUACCACUGAAGGUUCGUUUGGAAAGGUUGCAAGCUUUGAAAGUUAAAGAUAAGAAGAAGGAUACAACAACUUCUAGUGAACCUCAACCACUGCAGAUUAUUCCUCUAGAACCUACCAUCAAGCCAAAAUCCAAUGCACAAAGAAUGAAGGAAAAGCUUAGGACCCCCAUGUGGUAA